UAAUAAAAGAAAUACGAGAUUUUCAUUCCGCAAAAAAACUUGAUUUUAAAUUUUUUUGUAAAGAUUUUUUUUUCUCCUGUGGUGAAUUUUUCAUAUUUUUUAUUUUUGUUUUAGUAUCCAUCGGAAAUUCAACAAAAGCAGCACGUUGUUGAGUGAGAAAAACGCAAAAUAAUAAUAAUAAAAAAAAAUUAUUGAGCAAUCUCACAAUGAUGAUCAUUAAAAUUGUAUAUGCAAUUACAAUUUCAUUAACGUGUCUGAAUUUGAAUUUUGUAAAAAGUGCAUCAAUUUUUAACAAUCAGUUAAAUUAUGAGGAAGUCAGAAAUAACAUCAUCGCAGCUGAAGAGAGUAUUAGAACAGGCGGAAACAUUUAUCUUUCGCCUAAAGAACAAGAAGCGGAUAAGAUUCUUUUGAGUAUGAAGGAUAAAGCUAUUCAAAAAGGAAUAAUAGAUUCUGCAAGUUAUGCACCAUCAAUGCAUUUUUUCCAUGCCAAACCUUUGAUAGAACAAGAUCCAAUUUUUGAAAUUAUUCAAAAGGUCCCAAAAGGUGGGGUUCUUCAUCUCCAUAAUUCAGCUGGAGCAUCAAGUGAUUGGGUUAUCAGAAAUUUAACAUAUAGAGAUGAAGUCAUGAUUUGUAAUCAUAACGAUGGCUAUAAAAUGUUUCUGACUGUUCCAUCCAAAUACUGCGCCAAUGAAGCUGUGCCAAUUAAUAAACUACGAGCAGAGGCAACCAAUAAAAAUGAUUUUGAUAAAUCACUUGAAAGUUUGAUUAAUUUGUAUACACACCAACCUGAGACAGAAUAUCCUGACGUUAACUCAGUGUGGAAGAAAUUUCAAAACAUGUUUAAUGUUGUUGGAGGUGUAUUUGACUAUUUGCCAACAUAUAAAGCAUACCAUCAACGAAUUCUAGAAGAAUUGUAUGAAGAUAAUGUUAUGUAUUUGGAAAUGAGAACAGGAAUGGGUGGGGUGAUUGACGAAAAUGGAAACAAAUUGAAUAGUCAAGAUAUGGCUGAAGUAAUAUUAAAAUUAGUCGAUGCCUUUAAGAAAGAUCAUCCAUUGUUCUUAGGUGUAAAGGUCAUAUUGGCAAUUCCAAGAAACUCUGAUCAAAAGUCAUUCGAACAGAAAGUGGAAAGAUUUUUGGACUUGCGUAAAAAGUAUCCAAAUUUUGUUGUUGGAUUUGAUUUAGUUGGACAAGAAGAUAUUGGAAGACCGCUUUCGUCAUAUGUUGACAAGUUAAAAGAAAUAUCACAGAAUGGUAGAUUCUUUUUCCAUGCUGGAGAAACAAAUUGGUUCAACACUGACGCUGAUGUAAAUUUAAUUGAUGCAAUUUUGAUGAAUACAAAAAGAAUAGGACAUGGAUAUUCACUUUACAAGCAUCCAGUAUUAUGGGAAGCAUUUAAAGAAAAGGACAUUGCCAUCGAAAUUAGUCCAAUUUCAAAUCAAGUUCUUCAUUUGGUUCAAGACUUACGAAACCACCCUGCUUCCUUUUAUAUCUCCGAAAAUGUUCCAAUUGUUAUUGCCAAUGAUGAUCCAGGAUUUUGGAAUGCUAGGGGAUUAAGUUAUGACUUUUAUUAUGCUUUUAUGGCAUUUACUCCAGCAGACUCAGGACUGCAAGUACUUAAGCAAUUGGCUUGGAAUUCUUUGAAAUAUAGUGCUAUGUCACAACAAGAAAGAACAUAUGCAGCAGUAGUUUUCAAGACUUCUUGGGACAAAUUUAUUAAUUAUGUACUUAGUUUAGAAAACAAAUUAUAA